AUGCAUAUCCCCGGUAUACCCCCGCUUCCUUCUUUGGAUAUUACAUCCGAGGGCUCUCAGCAGGGCUACGAAGCAUGGCGUCAGGUUACUGCACUCAAGCGCUUUACGAACGCGUUUGUGCUUGACCCUACGGAAAAUAAGGUCUCCGCCCCCCAGUUUAUUCGAGCCACGCGCGGAAGCUUAUUUAUUCUUCUGGGGCUCAAGAAACGCGGGUUUGGCAUAGGAAUCUAUAAUGGGUUUGGUGGAAAGGUCGAUGUUGGGGAAACAGUAGCUGAUGCUGCCUUGCGGGAACUGCAGGAAGAGUCCCACUUAUCCGCCUCGCUCGAACCAUGCGGCCUCUUAUUCUUUGUAGGCGCCGGCCACGCACACGCACACCACAUAACAGUAUUCAGAGCUCACACAUGGCAAGGCCAACCCACAGAAACAGAUGAAAUGCGUCCUGAAUGGUUCGCCUAUCCCUCUCUCGAGAUUCCUUCCACUUCAAUCUCCUCGGGCAAUAAUACGUACCCGCCGUUUCCUUACUCGGCAAUGUGGAAGGACGAUCCGCUCUGGAUACCACACCUCCUCACGGACAAAUACUUUGUCGCUCGAGUCGACUAUGGUCCAGUCCCGGUCCCCAGUCCAGGCCAAACGGUCGAACCGGUUUCGGACGGGACUGGGUACAUCGUGGAUGGGACGACUGUCGAUGCGGGAAUGCAAAAAUGGAUAGUCGGGACGAUGAGCAAGGAGGAAUGGGAGGCUUCUCGAGUAUGGGAAGUGUAG